CCGCCACUUUGCACCCAGAACUUAGUACCUGCAACCCCCGACUAGUAUUGAAUUUACUAACUACUGAAUUUAAAACCAGCCUAAAUUGUAUCCAUAGGUCCCGGUACAAAAGUAGUUCAACUGGGAGGGUAUUUGUCAAAUCUGGCAACAUAGCCGGUAUCUCAGUAAGAUUUCACGUGGGGAUCCAGCUGUUUAAGCAGCGCGGGGACUCAGCCCGUUAAUCGAAGCUGCGGUCGCUCUCUCAGCGCUACUGUUUCUCUGUGCAGCACGCGCCAGUGUUUCACGGAGGAUUUCCAUAUUGCAGAAGGAGGAAACUUUUUUGAACUCAAACCCGCCCCUCUGCAUUUUGGGAUUUGAUCGUGGGCUUUUGCAGGAAGUCCCUUCACAUCCUGUAUCCUGCAUCCGAGAGCUGUGGGGUUAUUAGAGCUGGUCUCUCUCCAUCUCUCCGGUAAACAUGAUGCACUGCCGGCGCGCGGACAACUGCUCUCUCCCUGCGGCGCUCCUGCACGCGCUUGCGCUGCUGACCGUUACUCUCGCCGCUCACUCGCCCGAUGGGAGGCUUUUGAAAAGUGGGGUCAUGAAGCUGGAAGAGUAUGAGACUAUGGUACCACUGCUGCUGGAUGGAAAAAAGCAACACCCAAUCAGCUGGCUUCGCUCUAGGAGUCCUCCAGCUUUACUUCAGAUAUUGAUAGAGGCAGAAGGCCAGCAGUUGAUCCUCUCACUGAAGAAGAAUGAGGGUCUCUUUAGCAGCAAUUACAGUGAAACCCACUAUAGAGAGGAUGGACAAACAGUCACUCAUAACUCUAUGGUGAACUGCUAUUAUCACGGCGAAGUUGAAGGACACACGAAUUCAGAGGUCAGCCUCAGCACUUGCUCCGGUCUCAGGGGGUUCAUCUUACUUACAAAUGAGCUGUUCAUGGUGGAGCCUGCUUUUGAGCAAGAGAACGGUACACACUUAUUUUACAGAGGAGAACAUUUACAAUUCCCUUCUGGAACCUGUGGUCAUGGGCACAACAUGUCCACCAUCAACCAAGGGAAUGUCCGGGAACUGUUACAGACCUUCAACACCAGGCAUAAAAGAGAUGCACAGAAGACCACCAAAUAUGUGGAGCUCAUUAUUGUGGCAGACAACAGGGAGUAUCAUAAACAUGGAAAAGAUGUAGAGAAGGUGAAGCAGAGGAUGGCAGAGAUUGCUAAUUAUGUGGACAAGUUUUACAGGGUUCUAAAUAUCAGGGUAGCACUGGUGGGACUGGAGGUUUGGAGCGACUCUGAUAAAUGUUCAGUGACACAGGACCCAUUUACCACACUGCACGAGUUUCUAGACUGGAGAAAACUCAAACUGCUACCUCUCAGACCUCAUGACAAUGCUCAGCUUAUCAGCGGUGUGUAUUUCCAGGGUACCACCAUUGGCAUGGCCCCCAUCAUGAGCAUGUGUACUGCAGAGCAGUCUGGAGGAAUCGUCAUGGAUCACUCAGACAAUCCACUGGGAGCGGCCGUAACCUUAGCUCACGAAUUAGGCCACAACUUUGGAAUGAACCACGACACUCCAGAGCGGGGGUGUGGCUGUGGGAUGACAGUGGAACGUGGAGGCUGUAUCAUGACACCAUCCACAGGGUACCCAUUCCCCACUGUAUUCAGCACAUGUAGCAAGAAGGAUCUUGCAGCCAGUCUGGACAAAGGCGUGGGGAUGUGUCUUUACAACAUUCCAGAGGUCAAAGUGCUGUAUGGAGGACAGAAAUGUGGCAACGGUUAUGUGGAGGAGGGAGAGGAAUGUGACUGCGGAGAACCAGAGGAGUGUGUGAAUCCAUGCUGCAACGCAACUACUUGUACUCUCAAAGAAGAUGCUGUAUGCGCCCAUGGACAGUGCUGUGAGGAAUGCAAGUUGAAGCCUGCCGGAACCCCAUGCAGAGAGUCGAGUAACUCAUGUGACCUGCCUGAAUUCUGCACUGGUUUGAAUCCCCACUGCCCGGCCAAUGUCUACCUGCACGAUGGGCACGCAUGCCACGCCAUUGACGGCUACUGUUACAAUGGCAUCUGCCAAACCCAUGAACAGCAGUGCAUCACACUCUGGGGUCCAGUGGCCAAACCUGCCCCUGGUAUCUGCUUUGAAAGAGUGAACUCAGCUGGAGAUCCCUAUGGCAACUGUGGCAAGGAUUCCAAAGGCUCUUUCGCCAAAUGUGACGCACGGGAUGCUAAAUGUGGCAAAAUCCAGUGCCAGGGUGGUGCAAAUCGACCGGUAAUUGGAACCAAUGCUGUUUCCAUAGAGACCAACAUCCCCCUGCAUGAAGGGGGGCGUAUCCUGUGUCGGGGGACACAUGUAUACCUCGGGGACGACAUGCCUGACCCAGGACUAGUGCUGACUGGCACCAAGUGUUCUGAGGGCAUGAUGUGUUUGAACAGACAGUGUCAGAAUGUCAGUGUGUUUGGAGUGCACGAGUGUUCAGGGAAAUGCCAUGGCAGAGGGGUCUGUAAUAAUAAGAAAAACUGCCACUGUGAAGCUCAUUGGGCACCUCCAUUCUGCGAGACGACGGGAUUUGGUGGCAGCGUGGACAGUGGACCAAUGAGAUUGGCAGAUGUGCGUGUGUGUGUAUUAAUGUGUGUAUUGUCCUAUGUGAUGUCAGCUGAUAGUCGAGCCGUCACCACAGGCGUGCUGGUCACUGUGUUCUGCCUGUUUGCGGCUGGCUUGCUCAUCUGCUUGAAGAGGAAGACUCUGCUCCAGCUGCUCUUUACUAAUAAGAAGAGCACGAUUCAGAAGCUCAGAUCAGUGGGAUGGAGAAGAUCGGCCAGUCCAUCACACUCACAGCCUGUGUACAGAGACUCUCCCCAGCACAAAUCCCCAUCUGGAACUGCUAACUGUAGGUUAGAUAAGCCCUGUCAUCUCAGUGCCGAGCCUCUUCUGCCUCCUACUACAUUCCACCCUCACAGUCUGCGACAGUUUCCUCACUGCCCUGCUCAGUGCCAACCCCUCCACAUCAGCCACCCCAUUCCAAUAACGCUGGGUCUAGGUGUGACUGCUGGUCUACAGGCUCCGCCCCCCGUGCCUCCCCACAGGCCUCUGCCCAGACACACUCAGUCUCCCGUGAGAGCAUCUCCUUUCUUUACCCUCCCACGACAGCCAGUCUUCAUGGCCAAUCAGGACCAUGAGAAGCCCAGUCCUCCCCAAAAGCCACUGCCUGCAGACCCCCCAGUUAGAGGUUACAGAUUGGCAAGGAGCACAUCAGCAGUUGGAGUGCAUACAUCCAGCACCGGUGCUCUUUCUAUUCCAAUCCCAACUGUACCACGGCCCCCACCUGCUAUACCACAGCCAGCAAGGCCAACACCAAGGUUACCACCGUCUCUAUAUGAGCGCUGACACGAGCUCCUGAUAAAAUCAAGGACGAAUUCCACCAGCGAACGGACAUUUUUAUUUGCACUAUGAAAACUCGAGUGAACCCACUGCACACCCCUGUGGAACUCCUUAGAGUAUCUUUGAGAAAGAAGUGGAACUGUGCUAACUUCUUGGUUCUGUGGCUCACACAAGGUGCUCAGCGUCCUCACUCAGGUACUGUAGAAAUGAGAUGUAUAUUUAUUGUCUUACGAACACAAUGCACUGUGGUCAACACUUUUUCUACGGUGGUUAUUAUCGUGACCUUUUUAAUACCAUGUUUGUGCUUGUCCUUUUGUCAACACUAUGGACACUUAUUCAUUUCGAAUCAUGAGACUGUUUUAUUCAAAGUUUUAUUCAAGUUAGUCUGUACCAACGCAAAAAAAAAAACCUGUGAUGUUCCUGUAAAUAAAAAUAUGAAUGGGUGUUGUAAAAGUACUAGACCUACGUACGCUCUGUGUGGCAUAGAAACUGGAGUGUGAACAGAACAUACUUGAAGUUUGAAGGUGCUUCAUUCAGCAGAGAUUUCAAACAUAAAACAUUUCUCGAGGCAUAUUUUAGUGAAAACAUACUUGCAAGUAAAAAAUUGGACAGACGUUAUAGUGACUAUAUCAACAAGCCUGCAAUAUAUUUUAAUACCUAGUUGUUAUAGAUCCACUAAGAAGGAACUACAACUAAAAACAUACAGAAAUAAAAAUGGAUUGUUAUCUUGCUCAGUUUUGUUUUCAGCUAUAAUGCUGGCUAAUGCAGACUGGAUGCUGUACUACUUCUGUUGAUGUCCCACCAGGACAUUAUUUAAAUGUAAGUGAGUCAACAAGUACAGAUUUUUGUUUCCUGACCUAUUUCAUUAAACUAUACUGAUUCAAGAAAAACUGGCACCUCUCACAGCUACUGUCUUUUUAAGCAACAGGAGUUGUUUUAAUUACAAGCUGGUUUACAUUUACCAUUUCUUUCAUAUAUCUUGCUGGCAUCUUUAGUACUGUUAACUUCACUGUUUAUAUCGAUGACUCAGUGCUGUAUUGAAAUGCAUUUGCCGUUUCAUCACAUUGCCACAAAAAAAAAAAAAAAAACAUUUGUGUGUGUUUGUUUUCUGUGUAAGUGUCCAUGGUACAUUUUUGUCAGCCUGUAGAUUGCGUAAAAGAAGCCAAUUCUUUGGCAUUGAGAUAUUUCCUUUCUGUUUCACUCAUGUCAUUGUUUUAUACACUGCAAGCAAAUUGGUGUUGAAGAUGUGAAAUUACAAGUGAACUUGAAUUGUAAUUGUGUCUGGGGUUAUUCAAAGAUUGAAAAGUUAAAUAAAUAAACAAGUAAAUAAAGAAGA